CAAGUAUCGAAAUCAAUCUUGAAUUAAAGUACCUACCUUGAUAAAAUCAUUCUGUUGACUUGGAACUACCACCUAUGUGCCAUAUACCUUGUUAUCUAUUUCCUUUCUAAAAUGCGGAGGGAUACACAAAACUAUCCAUAUUUUUUCGUUCCCCUUCCGUUCUGCAGCACCAGCUUCGGAUCCCUGCACGCGCAUGUGUCCCCCCUGUCGUAGUCAACUCCAAGAUUUGUGUGGAAAUUUAGGUUCCCCUUGGCGACCCAGAACUGCGGUCAACAAACUAGAGAGCCUCCGGUUGACACAUAGGAGCAACUACCGCCCGCCAGACCAUUCCUAAUACCCAAGAGACCGUUUAUGUAGGCGCGGUCUGCAGCCAAACCUACAUUUUACGGCCAGAAACCGAGUUAUUUCCGAGAACACCACAAUUAUGGCACCAGCCCCUUGGGAUGCAGUUCCAGCCGAAAACACCUUGUUCGUCCUGGUGACGGGGGGGAAUAGCGGCAUUGGUUUCGGAAUUGGCGAGCGCCUUAUCGACGAGUACCUCACCACCCGCUCCCUGUCCUCACAUCUCGUCGUAAUCCCCACCACGCGAAGUACCAAAAAAUCACAAGAAACGAUCGACGGCCUCCGGAAACAUACCAAGGAAUUUGCGGAAACAUCGGCAGCCCUCCGUGCUCGUGGAGGGCCAAACUACGACCCGAGACAGACCACACAGCGCGUCCACAUUCUCAGCGUCCAGCUCGACCUAUGCAGCCUGCCGUCCAUCCGCCGCUGUGCGGGUCAGCUUGUCUCCGGGACUCUCAGCAGCCCUAGUGACGAUGCCAAUUUCGUGUCUAUCUCCGACGUCAAGAUCCCGCGCCUGGAUUCCAUCAUCUUCAACGCCGGAAUGGGGGGCUGGUACGGGCUGAACUGGCCCAAGGUCUUCCACAACAUCCUCACCAAGGGUCUCGUCAACGCCACAACAUGGCCAACAUUCAAGGGCGGUCUGAGCGGGUACCAAAUCGACCCGAUACACGGGGCAAAGGGGGGGAAAGGCACGGCGCAGAUGGGCGAGGUCUUUUGCGCCAACGUAUUCGGGCACUACGUGUUCGCGCAGCGACUGGUGCCGCUCCUAACGCGCCCCGCCGACAGCGCCCUACCGCCGGGCCGCAUCAUCUGGGAAUCGAGCGUGGAAGGGGACUGGGAGAGCCUCUCGCAGGACGAUUUCGAAGCGGUCAAGACGGAGGCGGCGUAUGAGUCGACCAAACGCCUAACCGACCUCAUGGCGCUGACCGCCACGCUGCCGACCUCCAAGCCCUCCGUCACCAAAUACCUCACCACCACCACCACCCCCCCUCAAACCCAACCGCCCAAGAUCUACCUCGUCCACCCGGGCGUCGUCCAAACCACCCUCUUCCCGCUCAACGCCUUCAUGUUCUUCUGGUACAACAUCGUGCUGUACGUGGCGCGGUGGCUGGGGUCGCCGUGGCACCCGAUCACGGCGUACAACGGGGCGUGCGCGCCCGUGUGGGUGGCGCUGCAGGAGCAGGGGUGGCUGGACGGGGCGCGGGCGGAGCGGGUCAAGUGGGGGACCAGCACGGACCGGCGCGGCGAGUGCCGGGUCAAGAAGACCGAGGUGGACGGCUGGGGAUGGGAGGGCCGCGUCGAGGAGGUGCGCGCCCUGAAGCGCGAGCACAAGCUCUCCGGCCGCCGGCCCGGCGCGGUGGAUGUUACCGAGGAGAAGCUGGCUGGGUUUGGGGAGUUGGGGGCCGAGUGCUGGAGGAGGAUGGAGGAGUUGAGGGAGAAGUGGGAGGAGAGGGCAGAUGCGGCUGAGGCUGGGCGGUCGUAAUGGCCUCGGUGUGGGGGGUGAUGAAGUAGAGGUUCGCGGUGAGGUAUAUAUUAUUGUAAUGGUAAUGUCGAGGGG